CUACCUCGCGUUGCCUCCUCGAUUCCUACAUCCUUCCUCGCUAAGGAAGUAAAAGCAAAACUCACUCUUUUCCUUCUUUCUUAAACCGAACAAACAAAACAAGAAGCACUUCUUUUGUUCUUGCGAAACGGAACAGAACACACAUUGCAGUGAUGGGUUGGCAAGUUUUUCUUAAGCUCUCAGCAAAGUUCAUGUCUGUUCUCUCCUGGCCUUCGUUUAGCUUGGUUUAUGCUCUGUAUGCUUCCAUUCAGGCCAUUCAGAGUGAAUCUCACCCCAGAAAUCAGCAAUGUCUUGCUUACUGGGUCUUGUUUGCUUUAUACACAAUCUCAGAAUCAACCCUUGCAAAGCUUUUCGAUCGGCUUCCGCUCUGGCCUUACACAAAGGGUGUCAUUACCAUCCUGCUGGUGUUACCAUACUUCCAUGGUGCUUCUUAUCUGUAUGAACAUUUUAUCAGGUCCUAUAUUUCUGAGUAUUCAUUAAUCCGUAAAUGGAACUUAUUGUCGUCACCAAGGGUAAACGGUAUCUUUCCGAGGGGAGACAACCUUCUUGAUGUGGUUGAUAAAAGUGUUAUCAGGAUUGAACCACAAGAAUUAGAGAGACCUGCCAUAUUUCAGGGAAUACCAGCGUCCACUUCUGAAGCUAUUGUAAGGGGAAAUGAUUUGCCAAGUAGUCCAAAGAAAAUUCAGAGGAAGUGGAGCUGUGCUCUUUGUCUAAUUAGCACCACAAGUGAAAUUUGUUUGAAGAUGCACUUCCAAGGUAGUAAACAUGCCUUGAAAGUAAAAGAAGGCGUAAAAAAAGGCCCCAUCAGUGAGUACAAAUCUUCCACAAAGCUGAAGAGAACAAAUGGAAGGGUUUUACUUGAUAACUUGAACCAAAUUGCUAGAACCAAUUUUGAAAAGUGGAGCCGCAUUCUAAGACCAAUUAGAUUGUGUAGAUGGAAAAAGCCACAGGUUGGAUGGACAAAAUUGAAUACUGAUGGAUCGGUAGACCCAGGAAAUGCUGGUUUUGGGGGUCUACUUCGUAAUUAUAAGGGUGAACCAAUAUGUGCCUUUGUCUCUAAAGCUCUAGGGGAUGAUACUUUCUUGGUUGAAUUAUGGGCUAUAUGGAGAGGCCUUAUUCUUGCCUCAAGUCUCGGGAUUAAAGUAUUAUGGGUGGAGUCUGAUUCAUUGAGCGUUGUGAAGACAAUUAAUCGAGAUCAGCCUUACAGUCUGAAGGCUAGUAGCUGCUUGAAGCAUAUCUGGGAACUUCUAAAGAAAUUUGAUGAGCACCGUGUAUCUCAUUCAUGGCGUGAAACUAAUAGGGCUGCUGAUCAUCUUGCGAAAAUGGUUCUUUCUGAGAGUGACGUUGUCUUUUGGCCAGGUGAUUUUCCUGAUAGCCUCAAUACAAUUAUCAAGGAGGAUGCUGAAGGCAAGAUAUAUUGUAGAGGUUGACUCCCAAUUCCAAGUUGCCCAUGAUUACCACAUAGAAACAGACAUCAAGAAAAAAAAAAAAUCAGGAAAAAAAAAAAGAGAGAAGAAAAAAAAAAACAGAGGAACAUGAACAUUGGUCUUGCUUGGAUUAAGUGAUGACAGUACCUGAGUUCAAUCCCUAAUAUCAUGAUCUAGGAGAAAUGUAGAAGAUGGUUUUCAAUGUUGUCCACCCUAUCCCAGUAAUGAGAGAGGUGGAAGUCAUAAAAUUUGACAGCCUCAGACCUGAGUUUUCCUGGUGAUAUGAGGUAAUGUUUUAAUUUUGGCAACAUAAUUUUGUAAAUUAUAGCUGCCAUGUAAAUAUUAGAAUGUGAAUCUGUUGUGCAAUAGUUUAUUGGUAAACUUGGUUAUGUAUAAUACUCCUGCAUAUUAUCUAGGAAACAUAAUUUUAGCGCAGCUAAGUUGAUUGCCAUAAUGGAAUUGUUUCUACUCCGAUGGAAUAUAGCAAACGAUUUUGUCAUUGUGUGCUUAGAAGACUUUUCAAGCUCUUAGAUCAGAGUAGCUCCAUAAUCAC